UGUUGACGUUUACGCGAGGAGCACUCGCUCGAAGUUUUGAAUUUUUUUUAAAUUCCAAAAAAGUUUUAUGUUGUGUUUUUUUUUUGUGUAAAAGACUAGUGUAGUUCUAAAAGUACGAGCCCGCGAAGGUUGCGCCCGUGACCGCAGCGCAGUACCGCGCGGCGCCUCGUCUAGUGAUGUCCCCUAGCUGAUAUGAUCGCGACGCGGAGGCCCGAGGGCCCCUAGACAUGAGGACAAUCCUGACGUUGCUCGCGAUAUGUGCUCUCAGUGGUGGGAAUACGUAUUCGCCGAAUAAGGAGUUGCUCGAUUGUGCAAGCCAGAUCCUGUACAUGGAUCAGCAUGCCUACGAGCUGCCCAAAAAUUACAGAAGAAACAUUCCACCGGGUAAAAAUACCACGGUCUACAUAGGAAUAAAUGUAAAUAGAGUGUCUGCUGUGGACGAGAAUAGAGAGGAGAUAACGUUAGACGUGUUCCUACAAGUAUCAUGGGAGGAGCGACGGCUGAGCACGCCCCCUGGGAUGCCCUUCAUCGACCUGCCCUGGGAGUUCCGGCAGCUCAUCUGGACCCCGGACCUGUACAUCUGGCAGCUGCAGACCAUGCGGAUCCUGUCGGUGCUGCAGGAGAUGGCGUCCUUGAGGAUCUAUGCCAACCGCACCGUCUCAGUCAGUAUUGGGGCAACGAUCACCAUCAAGUGCGAGAUGGACUUCGUACUGUACCCCCUAGAUGUACAGAACUGUGCCAUAGACUUUAGUAGUUACAAAUACACGGCGGAGGACGUCCGUUUCGAGUGGCGCGAAGUGGCCCCGUGGCGCGGCGUGAGCGGCGAGCAACGCCACCAGUUCCGCCUCCCCAAAUACGUCGUCACCUUUGUCACAGACAAAAGUAAUCAUAUUCGAAAUUUUGGUGAAGGCGAGCAUUCUGCAGCGAGACUCCAAAUCAAGCUGUCGAGGGAGCUCCGAAGUUAUCUUCUAGAAAGUUACCUCCCUUCUGCGUUGUUCGUGAUAAUAUCGUGGGGCAGCUUCUGCGUCAUUCCCGAGAUCGUGCCUGGCCGCAUGGUGCUGCUGGUGACCACGUUACUGUCACUAGUCACCAUGUUCGAUACAGUCAGGUACACGAAUUCUCCUGACGCGUUGGAGUUGAAAUGCAUCGAGGUGUGGCUGAUAUCUUGCACGUUGUUCGUGUUCUUCGCGCUGCUGGAAUACUUCGUGGUCCUGUUCGGGAUCAGAUACGACAAGAGCUGGAGUCGCCGGCGGCAGGAUAUGCGCCGAGCCGCCUCAUCCGCGCAGCUAGCGCCGCCUAUACAUAUUAAUCAUACGCAGAGACUCAGUACUCCCGUACCGGGGUCGCCACAAGGCAGCGUCUUCUCACCACAAAUAAGUGUCGAAGACGAGGGACUAAAGCAACAAUUUUCGCAUCAAACCAUUCAGAGGUUAUCGGCAUUGGAGCGAAAAAAUAGAAGAAAAAAUAAAGUUGGAUGUGAAACAAGAUCAGUUUGUCAGGAUUCUCCCAUUUUGGACGCGAUACCAUCGAACGAGCACCCAAAAGGAUUCUGCGGGCGCGUAGGGGCCUUAAUGGACAGAGGAAUAAUGUUCUGUGGCGCACAACAUGGAACCCUAGACCGAUACGCCCUUAUGGUGUUCCCCAUUUGCUUCGUCCUGUUCACGAUAGCCUACUGGACAACAUACCUCAGUGAAGCUCACCGUGUCUUGAACAAGUAAACGUGCGUUGUGCCUUACAGACUUUGUACAUAUAAUUAAGUAAAACUCAAACUUCGUAUGAUCCUUUUGUAACCGUCCUCGAAACGAAAUUGUAACUAUUUUCAGUAUUUACGUAUACGCUUCAAAAUAGUUAUCAAUUUGUAGUGUUUUGGAAUGUGCGACGUUUAGAUUAUGUAGGUACUUAAUAAGCAUCACGCACAGUGGCGGACACAUGGCUUUGCGAAUUAACUAAGUUUUUUCUACUGUCACCGAGGGCGUCGCUAAGUGGCCCUCGUAUUUCGGGCCUAGCACCGCCACUGACCACGCCUUAUCGUAGUGCCUUCAAGUUUACAUUUUUGAAACUAUAAUAUGCAAUAUGCAUAUUAAGUAUGUAUUUUGUACUAUAAACGAAACAAUGUGUUUAGUAAUUAGUAAACAAAUUACGAUCGAUGACCAUAGCUUUAAAAUGUUUAAGUUUAAGAAGAGUUUAUUAAAAUGUUACUGACGAAACGUCUGAUUCAUAAUAUAUAUUAUAUUGUAUGCAGUUUGUCUAUGUAGUACCCUUUGUUACGUAUUUUUUUAUUUAUUAAUUAUUGUUAAAACAAGGAAUAUGGACAGUGUGUGAAAUGUGAAUAUGUUUUUCUCUCUCGACGAUUCGGUUCGGUUGCAAAAAAAAUGCUAACAGUUACAGUUUUUAAUAAUAGUUAUAACUUUUGCCACUAGUUGGCGAUAAUGUCGAAACACACGCACGGCCCUAGUUCCUUUUUAUUUUUCAUAUCAAAUAUUUAUUUAAUCCUGUCAAAAUAUUGUUACUUUAGUUUAAAACUCUACGAAUAAUUAAAACUCUAAUACUAAUUCAAGUCUAGUCAUUGCAAGAUAUUAAGUACUUAUGUAUAAUUUAUACGAAAUAAUAUGUUGAACUAUUAUAUAAAUGCAUACCAAAUUAUAUCUUGAAUUUAUAAGUAUAUUAGAAUCCUUUUCGUUUCUAUUUUCGUCUGCCUUAAUAUCAACAAACGGUACUUAAAUACCAACUUAAGGGUCUAAAUUUUUUUUUUCAAUUUUUCUUAAAAUAUUAUAUUCUGAGGAUAAAAAGCAAUCUCCAUUCGCAUAUUUAAAUUCCCUUUGCACCUUUACCUAAUGUAUGGAUAUCUGUCCAUAGUUUAUUAUUAUAUUAGGGCCUUGUCUUACAGUCGCCAGAAGACAGAAUACAGAACUUUCAGAUACGCUAAUUGUCUGUUAUAGGGCGAUUGUAAAAUGGGUCUUAAGUUUAUUAAUUAAUAAAUAAUAGGAUGGCCGAGUCAGUAUUUGAUGUAAUUAAAUCACAGAUUAUGUAAAUAAUGAAUAAAAGACAUUUAUUUUAAA